UACAUUCAACAAAAUGCCCUCACGCAAGAUUUUGGUCGAUGCUGUUCUUUUCGAUAUGGAUGGAACGCUUAUCGACUCGACACCUGGCCUCCACAAAGCCUGGGCUACCUUCAGCGCCGACUACAAUCUAGGCGAUCCGCUAGUCGUAGUGCAUGACACUCACGGACGGAGGCUUGCUGACACGUUGAGGGAAUACUGUCGAAUUAGCGAUGAAUCCAAACUAGAGUCUGAAAUCGACCGUUUUGAAGAAGAGGUCAUCAACGGCGGCCCAAUUGCUCUUCCUGGGGUCGCAGCCCUUCUGUCGCAAUUAGCGCAUGAUACGGCGUCGGGCUGGACCAUCGUUACCUCAGCAACGCGGAACUAUGCUCCUCGUGCUCUUGAACGCUGCGAUAUACCUCUACCUGCAGUCGGAAUCGUAACUUCCAACGAUGUUUCGCAAGGAAAACCGCAUCCAGCUCCUUAUCUCACAGGGGCAGCAAAAUGCGGGGUCGACGCGGCAAACUGUCUUGUAGUCGAAGAUGCGAUUUCCGGAAUCAGAUCCGGUAAAGCCGCCGGCGCCGCAGUGCUUGCGGUGUGCACGUCGACGACCAGAGAAACUAUCAUUCAGUCAGAUUCCCAACCCGACUUCAUCGUGACCGACCUCACCAAGGUAACGGCCAAGUGGAUCAAUGGGCAAAUAGAGGUGACUGUCAAUGACGAAUGA